GCCGGCAUAGUGGACAGUCCCUCCUGGUGUCCUCAUGUCGUGCAGCGGAGCGGAUCUUGACCGGCGUCAGCAGGCGUCAGAAGCGGACAUCCCGGUAGCAGCCUUCCAGGCGAGCGACCAUCAGCAUAUUCGCUACAACCCGCUGCAGGAUGAGUGGGUGCUGGUAUCAGCUCACCGCAUGAAGCGGCCCUGGCAGGGGCAAGUGGAGCCCCAGCUUCUGAAGACAGUGCCCCGCCAUGACCCCCUCAAUCCUCUGUGUCCUGGGGCCACAAGGGCCAAUGGAGAGGUGAAUCCCCACUAUGAUGCCACCUUCCUAUUUGACAAUGACUUCCCAGCUUUGCAGCCUGAUGCCCCCAGUCCAGGACCCAGUGAUCAUCCCCUUUUCCAAGCAGAGGCUGCUCGAGGAGUCUGUAAGGUCAUGUGCUUCCACCCCUGGUCGGAUAUGACGCUGCCACUGAUGUCGGUCCCUGAGAUCCGGGCUGUCGUUGAUGCAUGGGCCUCAGUCACAGAGGAGCUGGGUGUCCAAUACCCUUGGGUGCAGAUCUUUGAAAAUAAAGGAUCCAUGAUGGGCUGCUCCAAUCCUCAUCCCCACUGCCAGGUGUGGGCCAGCAGUUUCCUGCCAGAUAUUGCACAGCGUGAGGAGCGAUCUCAGCGGGCCUAUCAGAGUCAGCAUGGAGUGCCCCUCCUAAUGGAGUAUAGUCGCCAGGAGCUAAUCAAGAAGGAACGUCUGGUCCUAACUAGUGAGCACUGGUUAGUGCUGGUCCCUUUCUGGGCAGUGUGGCCCUACCAGACACUGCUGCUGCCCCGUCGGCAUGUACGGCGGCUACCUGAGCUGACCUCUGCUGAGCGUGAUGAUCUAGCCUCCAUCAUGAAGAAGCUUUUGACCAAGUAUGACAACCUAUUUGAGACAUCCUUUCCUUAUUCCAUGGGCUGGCAUGGGGCUCCCACAGGAUCAGCAGCCGGGGACAACUGGGACCACUGGCAGCUGCAUGCUCAUUACUACCCUCCACUUCUGCGUUCUGCCACUGUCCGGAAAUUCAUGGUUGGCUACGAAAUGCUUGCCCAGGCUCAGAGGGACCUCACCCCUGAGCAGGCUGCGGAGAGACUAAGGGCACUUCCUGAGGUACAUUACUGCUUGAGGCAGAAGGACAGGGAGACAGCAGCCAUUGCCUAACCAUGCUGACCACAGGGCCUUGAACUCUUCCACCUGGAAACUGAGACCUGGAAUUUGGGCAGAUGUAGCAUCAAUAAAAAUGUGCUUCUCAAGCUAUAAUCCAUAUUCGAA